GGAGCCACACACCGGGUCCGCCGCUGCUGCUCUCGCGUCUCCCGGACACUGGGCUUCUGGUGUUGCCGGAGCAUACUACCGCUACAGCCAGUCACAGUCAAAUAAAGAUGGAGCAGGAGAUUCCGUUUAAAAUAUUCCCAUUAAAAAGACUAACCAGUUGUCAUGUGUCUACAGUUAAGCCACAUACAGUUGUGGGUAAUAAUUCUUUUAUUCAGAACGUAAAAUCUCCACUAAGAAAUGAAAAUGCACAGAACAUCAUCAAGAACAGCAAAGAUUGCCUCUCACUAAAAGUGUCAACUUUGCCUUUUAUUGAGGAAGAGAGUUCUGAGUCAAUUAAUCAGCUGUACUCCAAGCUUCUUAGAGAGGCAGAAAAAAUUAAGAAAUGGAAGUCUGUUGUAGAGGUUGAAGUGAAGGAUAAAGAUACAAAGCUUCAGGAAAAAAGAAAGAUGAUCGAUGCUCAACGAAAAGUAAUACAAGAGUUACAAUUUGAAAAUGAAAACUUGAGAUUAAAGUUGGAAGAUGUGAUACUUGAAAAUGAAGAUUUAAUAAACCAAAGCAAUGCAACAAGGCAUUUGUGUAAUCUUCUUAAGGAUACAUGUGACCGAGCUGCAGAGAAAGCUGAUGCAUAUGAAAGUGAAAUAGACGAGACAAGACAAAUGUAUGGUGAUCUAAACAACAAUAUUGAGCGAAUGAUAAUGGCUUUUGAAGAACUUCAUGAAAAAGCUGAGAAUUCCAGACAAGAUAUUUGCAACCAAAUAAUACAAGAAACUGAAAAAAGAAAAGAGAUGCAAAAGGAACACAACCUUGAACUGGCAAGAAGCAGAAAGCAGAUAUCAGAGAUGACAAAAGACAAAGAAGAUCAGAAUUGCAAGCUGUUGGGUUUACAGGUUCAGCUGAAUGAAUCAAGUAGUAGAGUUAAGGAGCUUGAAGAAACAACAAAAAACAAUAAUUUGGAGUUAGAUGAAUGCAAAAGGAAGGCAGAAGAAUCGAUUCAGCAACUGUCAGAAGCUAAUUUAUUAUUACAGAAUGCCAAGGAUGCAUUAAGAAGCAGGGAGACUGAAUUGCAAAAUGCAAAAAUACUAUUAACUGAUACAAUCAAAGAAAAAGAAAUGCAAUUGGAAGAAGUCGAAGAAACAAAUACCCUGAAACUUUCAACUCUUCAAUCUAAAGUUGUCAGUCUACAAGAAACACUUAUAUCUGAACAGAGAAAAUUAGAAGAAAAUGAUAUUAAAUUGAAAAUGGUUAGUCUGGAAGUACAAGACAAGUCUUUUGAACUUGAGGAACUUAAAAAAAUAAAUGAAAAUCAGAAGAAAGAAAUAAAAAAAAUGACUUUUGAUUUGGAUGAAUCUAUAAAAGUACAAAAAGACUUAGAGAACCAAGUUGCCAAGGAAAAGUCAGAAAAUCAAAUACUAUUAGGAAAACAGCAAGACUUUGUAAUUAAUCAGGAAAAUCAUCAGGAACAGUUUCAGAAAAUUGUGAUAGAAAAUACUGAUCUAAAGAAGUUGGUUGGUGAUUUACAAGAGGUUCAAGUCCAGCUUCAAGACACAUUAAAAAGCAAAGAGGAAGUAAUAGAUCAUCUUAAAAUAAAAACAAGUGCUUCAUGUGUGGAUGUAGAAAAUUUGUCUAGAAAAAUUGAAGAGCUGAAGACUGAAUUGAGCCAGGCAAAGACACAGUAUGCAGAACAGAAAAUGGCAUAUGAAAAAGUUGUUGUAGAAAACGAAGAAAUAGCUAGAAAAAUGGCUAUAUCAACAAAAGACUUAAGAAAUAUUCAAAAAGAUCUCAAGGCAAGUAAACAAAACAAUGAUCAAACAAUGAAGACAAUUGAAAAACUAGAAAAAGCAAAUGAUCAGUUAAGGAAGGAAUAUCAGUCUUUAAAGGAACAACUGACUCUAAAGGAUAAAGAAUGUAGAAACCAGCAUAAAGAUGAUAAGUUGGGAGCACUGAAGAAACAAGUUGAAAAUAAAAAUAAGACAAUUGAAGAGCUACAACAGGAAAAAAGAAACACUGAAAGUGAAAUUUCCAAAAAAGAAAAAAAGCUAAAAGCAUUGGAAAACCAGUUGGGAGCAGUGAAGAAACAAAUUGAAAAUAAAAAUAAGACAGUUGAAGAGCUACAACAGGAAAACAAGUCUCUAAAGAAGAAAAUGAAAGAAGAAUGCAAUCAGUGUAGUGUUCUCGACUCUAAGGUAAAUGGAUUGCUUAUCCAGAUUGAAAAUGCUGCAGUACAACAUGAAGCAGUGGUCAGCACCAAAGAAAUGGAGAUUGCAGAUGCAAAGACAAAAGAAGAAAAACUGCAUGGAGAAGUGGAAAGAUUAAAGUUUGCAUCUGAAGAAGCAAUAAAGCUACAAAAAGAAACUGAUAUAAGAUGUCAACACAAGAUAGCAGAAAUGGUGGCCUUGAUGGAAAAACAUAAGAACCAGUAUGAUAAAAUAGUUGAAGAAAAGGAUGCAGAAUUAGAUCAAUUCAGAGCAAGAGAACAUGAAAUAUAUUCUAAAAGAACUUCAAUGGAAACUGAUCUUUCUAAUAAAAAUAAUGAAUUAGUAACGCUUAGGAUUCAACUUCAGCAAGAAAAAGAAGAAAAGGACAACAUCAUAAAGGAGAAAAUGUACUUAAAAAGAAAUAUGAAGCACAAGGAAGUUCAGACUAUUUUCACAGACACUUCAAAGCAGACUACUAAAGUAGGAGAUAUAAAGAAUUCAUCACCUUACACCAAAACAACACAGCUGACAGACUUGUCUUACUGUUUGGAAACAAGCAGGAAGUCAGAUAAAAAGGAUACGUCUCCAUGGAUGUCAUCUAGAAACAGCAAGUACACUGUUCCACAGACAUAUUCUGUAAAGACUCCAACAAAGUAUGAAACAUUACAACAUGAAAAUGUCACUAUAUAUCCUCAAGACUCAACAAAGAAGAAAAGAAGAGUUGCUUUAAAAUUCGACUUCCAUUCUGAUAGUUCUGAUCAAACGGACAUUCUGGGAAUAUGUGGAGAUGAAGAAGUGUUCAAAACUGUAUAUGAGAGGUCUUAUAUACCCUCCGAUGACCUCACAUCAACUCCAAAAAAUAUUGUUGCCGAAGUGCCGGUGAAGUCCCCUGGUUUUUUCCGCAAAACCUCAACUAUGAAAAAGAUGCGAGAAGCUGGCUGGGCUGCAAUAUCCAAAGUAGACCGAAAAAGAAAAAUGAAAGCUGCUGAAAAAAUAUUUAAAUGAAACAAAUAAGUGUUCAGAAUGUUUUUACUUGCAUUAGUUACUUGUCAGUUUCUGUUUGAUUUUUUUUUUAAGAGUUAUGGUUUUACAUUAUCUUAUGACAAUAUAUUGUUAGUAUGCACAUUACAUAUAGUUUUGCCAUAUAUAUUUAGACUCCCUAAAAUAAUUUUCUACAUGAUAUUUGCUGUAGGUUAGAUAUUUGAUUAGAUACAAUAAUGGUUCCUCUGUCUUCAUUUUUUAAAAUUGUUGAAAUGUAACCAUUCUAAAGAGUAGACAUAUACACAAACACAGUGGUGAACUAUUGGUCUUAAAGGGAGUGGAGCAGUUACAGCCAAAGCCACAACAUCUGUAUUUAUAGUAUUGCCUGCACCCACAGUAUAAGUCUUUGCAGUGAACCCCAAAAUUGGGCUCCAGUCUGCUUUUAGUGUCACAACAUAAGAGAGCUGAGCAUGGUCUGCGGCCCCUACAUUAACUUUAGUAAAAGGCGAUACAGUGUUUCCAAAUUUAUCUAAGUUUCAUACUAGAAAUCUAAAACAAGUUAUGAAUAUUGCAUUUCUAUACUCUAUUAAUAUUUUUUUUGAUGGAGCUUUGUAUUUAGAACAUUUAUAAAACCUGGUGUUCCGUUGUGCCUGUUUUCAUAAAUAGGUUUUAAUAUCACAGAAGCAUUUUUUUUAUUAUGUUAGAGGAUUUGCUAAUUUGUGGUAUAACGUCUAAGUUGUCCUCUGUCAAUGUUACUUCAGUGUAUUGCUAUUUGCUAGUCAUGGUUGUGAGUUUAGUUUUCAUGAGCAUAAGCAAUUAUUUUACAGAAUUUUCAUUUUAUGCUUAUAAAAUAUUUAUAAUCCAGAAAA